AAGUGACUCGCAGCCGCUGCGGGGACUCCGGCUCCCGGCGAGAUCCCCGAGCCCCGGCGGCUGGUGCUGGGAGCCCGGAGCCCGGGCUGCAGCCGGGAGAGGGGAACCUCCAGCCGGGCCCUGCCCGCUGCUCCCCGGGAGCCUCUCCCAGGGCAGAGCCCCCAGCCCGGCCAGGGCCCCUUCCCGGCCCGGCCCUGCCCCGGGGGGCCCCGCUCGGAGGGAAGGCACUGCCAGGAAAAUGUGACUUAGGGUAUGUCUACGCUACCCGCCGGAUCAGCGGGUAGUGAUCGAUCUAUCGGGGAUCGCUCUGCCGUCGACUCCAGAACUCCACGACGGCGAGAGGUGGAAGUGGUGUCGACGGGGGAGCGGCGGCCGUCGAUCCCGCGCCGCGAGGAUGCGAAGCUGAGGAAUCACGUCCAGAUUUCGCUGCAGAUCGUCCGGACUUCCAGGGGACAGGGAAGGGAAAUGGUUGUGAUGGAGCCAGCUCAGAUGCCGGUGACCUUUGAGGAGGUGGCUGUGUAUUUCACCCAGGGGCAGGGGGCUCUGCUGGACCCCGCUCAGAGAGCCCUCUACAGGGACGUCAUGCAGGAGAACUACGAGACGGUGACCUCGCUGGGGUUUCCUAUUCCCAAACCUGAGCUGAUCACCCAGCUAGAACGAGGGGAAGAGCCGUGGGUGUCCGAUCUCCAGGCCUCGGAGGAAAGAGAGAUCUCAAGAGGCGCCCAUCCAGCACAAUGAUUCCUGUCUGGAUUGUCUCCCAGCAGGUGAUGAGCGAGGGAGUGAGGAGGAGGAGGGGAAUCAUCAUGAGCACGUUCCUGGGAAAGUGGAACCACAGGGGACGUUUGUGGGAAGAGCUGAAGGGAAUUUUUCCCAGUGCUUGGAAGAGGGAGAAGCCUGGGGAAAUUGGCACAGGUCAGAGAGGCUGCUGGGAAACUACCCAAAGAAGAAAGUGGAUGAAUCCAAUAAAUGCUGGGGAGGAGACAGGGAUCCCACAGCCCAGCAGACAAAUCCCAAGGAAGAAGAACCCUAUCAGUGCCUCGAAAGUGGGAAAAGAUUCAUUCUGAGAUCACACUUUGUGACACAUCAGACAAUCCAUACUGGACAGAAACCCCUUCAAUGCUUGGACUGUGGAGAAAGCUUCAAUAACCGCUCAGACCUCAAUAGCCAUAAGAGAAGCCACACGGGAGAGAAACCCUAUCAAUCCCUUCAGUGCGGGAAAUGUUUGAAUUGGAAGUUAGCACUAAUUACACACCAGAUAAGCCAAACACGAGAGAGACCCCAUAAAUGCUUAGACUGUGGAAAAAGUUUCAUACAGAGGUCAGACCUUGUUAAACAUCAGGCAAUCCACACAGGAGAAAGACCCCAUAAGUGCUUAGACUGUGGGAAAAGUUUCACAUGGAGAUCAGCCCUUGUUCAGCAUCUGGCAAUCCACACAGGAGAGAGACCCCAUAAGUGCUUAGACUGUGGAAAAAGUUUCCUAUGGAGGUCAGACCUUGUUAAACAUCAGGCAAUCCACACAGGAGUGAGACCCCAUAAGUGCUUGGACUGUGAGAAAAGUUUUAUACGUAGGUCAGACCUUGUUAAACAUCUGGCAAUCCACACAGGAGAGAGACCCCAUAAGUGCUUAGACUGUGAGAAAAGUUUCAUACAGAGGUCUGACCUUGUUAAACAUCAGUCAGUCCAUACAGGAGAGAGACCCCAUAAGUGCUUAGACUGUGGAAAAAGUUUCAGAGACAGAUCAGCCCUUUUUAGGCAUCAGGCAAUCCACACAGGAGAGAGACCCCAUAAGUGCUUAGAUUGUGGAAAAAGUUUCAUAUCGAGGUCAGACCUUGUUAAACAUCAG